UCCGGCGCCUGCGUGCGCCCCAGCGUAAGCGCUGAUUGGAAGAGCGGAGAUGACGGAUUGCCCUAUCCAUCACUCAGCGGCAGGGGGCUUGUUCGGGUUCGAGGCGUCGAUGACCUUACCUUCUCCUAAGGCCUUUCCCUAAGUUAAUAUGGCUGCGGCCGGCGAGCAGCUGGGGCGCCGCUGAGGAGAGGAAGCGAGGUCUUUCCGAGGUUUUGGCUACGAUUCCCCUCAGCAAUGGCGCUUCGGUCGGGGUUCUGGGAGCUGUUGUCAGUUUGCAGAAACCCCGGGUGUCGGGUGGCAGUGCUGUCGACCAGUUCCAAGCCAGCGGUGAAGCCUGAAGCGGACCCCGAAGGAAAUGAAGCUGUUGCCCCGGAGUUCACCAACCGGAACCCCCGGAAUCUGGAGCUCUUAGCGGUAGCCAGAAAAGAGCGGGGCUGGGGGACAGUGUGGCCCUCCCGCGAGUUCUGGCACAGGUUGCGAGUUAUAAGGAGUCAGCAUCACAUAGACGCGCUUGUUGAGCAUCGCAAUGGCCAGGCUGUGGUUUCGGCAUCCACUCGUGAAUGGGCCAUUAAAAAACACCUUUAUAGCACCAGAAACGUGGUGGCUUGUGAGAGUGUAGGACGGGUGCUGGCAGAGCGGUGCUUGGAAGCAGGAAUCAACUUCAUGGUCUACCAGCCAACUCCCUGGGAGGCAGCCUCGGACUCGAUGAAACGACUGCAGAGUGCCAUGACAGAAGGUGGUGUGGUGCUGAAGGAGCCUCGGAGAAUCUAUGAAUGAAGCAGAAGCGUUGUUCGAUACUUGUAAAUGUAAAGCUGUCAGCUAGUCAUUCAUCAGAGGAGAGCCUCUAGCAGAACCGCCAGCUUGGACGUCUUGUUCAAUAACCUAACAGCGGGACGUCAUGAGUAGUUACGGUUGUCGUCUUCCCCCCUCGUGUGUAUUUGUUUUAAACCCAGGGCUAAAUUCUUCUCUCUCGGACGUGAGAGAAGUAUUUGAGAAGAGCCGUUGCCAAGUAUAAUUAACUUUUGAGGAACAAAUUAAAUGUUGUUUAUAAGUUAAAGAAUAAAGGUAUAUUAUGAACUC